AACUUUAGCUUUGAUUUGCAUCGAAAAAUCCACUUAAUUUUUAUUUUCACUUUCAGGGUUUAAUCACCAUGGAUUUAACUCAGUGGUAACUUUUGAAGAAAUAUUGCAAUUCCUAUCUUUACUAUGUUUUAUUUUAUAAGCCGACCCACUUGGCUAGUUCACAACCUACCUCGGCGCCCACACUUGGUGCACCCCUGGAGUCCUGGUACCGCCCACCAGGAGUGGGUACGAAUCACGACCCCUGGGGCUGAUGGACUGGCCAGCAAAGCCUGGUCUCGAGGCUGUCACCCGCUGGACGCUGCCAAUUGGUUCAGGGUGAAGGCGCGGAACCAAUAAGAGCCACGGUUCUCAAGAGCUUGGAGCGCGCGGGAAAGAGAACCAUUUAAACUGUGGCGGGAACGUCAUUUUCGGGUUCUUGUCCAGUUAAGACAUCCGCAGCUGGGGCGUCGGUGCGAGUUGUCUCUUGCUGUGGGAACAUGGUGCGGACCAAAGCAAACUACGUCCCAGGAGCCUACAGAAAAGUGGUGGCUUCUCGAGCCCCUAGGAAGGUGCUUGGCUCCUCCACCUUUGUCACCAAUUCUGCAUCGUGUUCAUCGAGAAAAGCUGAAAAUAAGUAUGCAGGAGGGAACCCAGUUUGUGUGCGCCCAACUCCGAAGUGGCAAAAAGGCAUCGGAGAGUUCUUCAGUCUGUCCCCCAAAGAUUCGGAAAAAGAGAACCAGCUUCCUCCUGAAGAAGCGGGGUGCAGUGGCUUAGGAACAGCAAAGAGAAAAGCACGUCCUUUGCAACCUGAUCACACAGAUGACGAAAAUAAAUAGAACUCAUUCUCCUGAAUAAUGCCUUCAGUUUACUUUUAGGUAUUCUGGGAUGUAAAUUUGGGUAGACGUGUUUGUUCAAUUGGCUUGUUGAACAGGCAUUCAGUUAAGGGGGGGGGGCGCUAAAAUUUCACCAUUCAAAAGCAACUGGCUAUGAAAAGGGAGAAUUUUUAUAAUUUGUAAAUUAUAAUUGCAUACUUGAAUUUAUAAUGUCAUAUGUUGCUUCUUUUACCUAUUAAGCUUCUUGCUAAAAUAAACAUUGCGUGAUGUUCUAAUUACUAAUCUAAGUCUUUGAGAUUUGCUUAGAUCUUUGUACUAAUACCAUUUUAUGGGCACUUCAUUAUUGAAAUAGUGCUGUAUUGUUAUGGCUUGUUUGCUUUAAAAAG